GGAGGUGCCCCUGCGACUGUGCCUGAGCCGACAAGAUGAAGCUUACCGCCGCCGUUCUCGCCCUCGCCUCUGGCGCCAUGGCCACGGUUGCCGGCAACGGCACCGUCUCGUACACCACUGAGGUCGUCACCGCCGUCACCACCUUCUGCCCGGGCCCCACCGAGAUCGCCUACGGCUCCGUCACCUACACCGUCACCGAGGCCACCACCCUGACCAUCACGGACUGCCCCUGCACCAUCAAGAAGCCCGUGACCACGAUCUCGUCGGUUGUCUGCCACAACUGCCCCUCGUACACCAACGGCACCGCCACCACGGGGUCGGCCACCUCGGUCCAGACCCCCGCUGGCACCAUCACGCUGCCCGCCAACCCUCCCGCCAACACCCCCCCGGCCAACCCGCCCGCCUCGACCGGCAGCGGCUCGCCGCCCAUCACCGCCGGUGCCGGCCGCACCACCGUCCUCUCGGGCGGCGCCCUCGCUGGUCUCCUGGGUCUCGCUGCUUUCGUGCUCUAAGUCUUUUUUAGGGUGGAAGGCGGCACGGAGACGCAUGGCGCACGAGAGGAGGUUGGUCGUUGAUGCCAUUGCGCCGGAAUGGAAGCUGGGUUCCCAGACGCUUCCAUGGAGCAAAGGUUCGGGGAUGAUGAGGGACGUUGAGAUGUGGGGUUGGUUUGGUUUGGUAGGGAGGGGGAAGUGCAGUGGUGGAUUGUGGAAUGUGUUGGGUGUUGUGCUGGAUCUGGAGGACUCCUCUCCGCGUUGUGCGGACGCUGAGGAGUGCCUGUAUCGUUCUGCUCCUCUGAAGGGAGGGGGCCGUGGGAGAGUUGAAUUCGGGAUCUUGCGUCGUGUUGUUCCUCGUCUGUUCGACUCGGCAAAGGCCUCGUUUCUUCUCCUUGCGGCUUCCCUUAUGGUGGAUGCUUUACCGAAAUGUUGUUCCCCGUCUGGCAAAUACCGACACAUUUCGCCUCUGCUUUUUGUCGGGACUCGCUCUCGAUGUACAUCGACGCCUGCUUUCCUUUGUGAACAUGCUUUAAUGUUUGGUUCCCAAUCGCUUUGGAGUGUUGCUGAUGCUCUGCCGCGUCCCGCCGUUUGUGGUUCUGGCCUGCCAUGGUGAGAUGGGAGUCGUUUGGUUCGAUAAUCCAUGCCUCAUGUGUUCGAGGGCAUGGCUGCUACUAGAAACACCUUCAGCACGCUGUUUCGGGAGCAGCCGGCCCUUGGGUAAUAACCUUUGGCGUCUCAAUGACACCAGAGGGCCGAGUAUGAAUAUCCGUGUGGGAAGCGAGAUU